AUUCGAUAUUAAUGUUACAGUUAAAAGACCAUAUAAAAUCUAAACACCAGGGUGUGAUGCCCCACGCCUGCGACGUUAAGGGGUGCGGCAAGAAAUUCUAUAAAAAGAGCGAUUUGGUUGUUCAUAAAAGGUACCACACCGGCGAGAGACCGUUCUCUUGUGGCAUCUGCAUGCGUUCGUUUCCCAUAGUGUCGCAUCUCAAACGUCACAUUCGUUCUGUAGACUGUACAAAAUCCUUAGAGAGAAAAGCGGAAAUUCAUCCUUAGAGAUCAACAACUAGCCACCUCAAAACAUUAUUUAUUGUAGGUAUUGAAUCAAUUUACAAAACGUACUCGCCUAAUUAGUAUUGAUCUUCAAAAUUGAUCUAGUAUUAUAGUUAAAACAAAAAACAUACAUUGUCAUUACAUUUUAUUAGAAUAAUUGGUCAUAAUUUGAUUAAAAUAAUAAAAAUGAAUAAAAUAAGCAAAAAAAUAUAUAUUAUUCUUUGCUCAUGUUCUCCAUGAAUCUUGUGAGGCUGUUUUGUCUAUGCAUUAAUUCGUCGAAAGUAAAAUGGUUGUUUCCGAGCUGAAAUAAAAAAAA